AUGGAGAGGGACGGGAUCGCCACCGAGGAAGAAGGCGGUGGGCACGGAGGGUCUGGGUCCGGUCGGUGCAGCGUCGUCAGGAUCAGGCUGAAGAGCACGCUGCAGAGCAGCAUAGCGGUGGAGGACUUCGGCUGCCAUGUCUGCGCCAAGCCGCUCCGACCUCCGAUAUUCGAGUGUACCGCCGGCGGCCACCUGCUCGUCUGCUCGUCCUGCCGCGACGAGCUGCCGGGCGGCAAGUGCUCGUUCGGCGGUGGCGCUGGGUGCGGCGGCGCCCUCGCGCGCAGCCUCGGCAUGGAGCGCGCCGUCCGGGCCGUCCUCCUCGACUGCUGCUACGCCGGCCGCGGCUGCACCGCGAGGACAGCCUACCACCUCAAGGAAGAGCACGAGAGGGCGUGCCCGCACGCGCCGUGCUGCUGCCCGGAGCCCGGCUGCGGCUUCGCCGGGGCGGCGGCGGCGGAGCUCCUGGACCACCUCACCGGCCACCACGCGUGGCCGUCGAGGACGUUCAGGUACUGGCGGCCCUUCGAUCCGCUCGACCACUACAGGAAGUCCGCUUCUGGGCCGCUCGUCGCCCAACCAGCAGGCUCGCAGGCUCUCCGCUGCGAGAACGACGGGCAGCUUUUCGUUGUGAACUUGCGACCCGCGGCGGCGCCGCCUGGGCUCGGGCUUGCUGUCUCCCUCGUCUGCGUCCCGCCCUACGUCAGGGCCACCAGAUUUGGGUGCACGGUCUCUUUCUCUACCUCGAGCCCUGGACUCAGCGGCACUUGUACAUUGGACGAUCUACAGCCCCUGUGCCUUUCGGACUGGCCGCCGACGGAAUGCACAUGUGUUGUGCCCAAGCCCAAUGUUUGUUACCGCGACGAUGAAGGCUGGGGUGAAGUCGUUCUCGCAACAACGAUAGUAUGUGCUGACCCUGAUCACGAGGAUGACGAUCGGGACGGCAUGGGCUUCGUUGCUACUGACGAGGACGACGACGACAGUUGCUGAUUGCUCAUUUGGAUAUUUUGGUCAUUUGGUGGGCUGCAUGCAGGAUUAUGUUGAGAUCCUAUCCAGUUGCAUUGUUCCAGUGAUCCUGUUCAUGUUACAAUUUCCAAUAACAAGAUUGUAGUAAUGUAUUCAAAUUGAUAUAUAGUAUUCCAUCUGUUAUACACUUAUACUCAAUGGAAUCUAUUGUCAAAAGUAAA